AUGGAGAAACUGGCCAAGUUCCCGUCCCGGAGCGCCUUUGCGCCGGGCCAGCCGCAGCCUCCGCAGCAGGCGGACGACGACGACGACGAAGAGGACGAAGAGGAGGACGAGGACUGCUACGCCGAGCUGCUGGCCCAAGGCUUGCUGGACGAGGCGCCCCAGGCGGGCUCGCUGCCCGGAGGACGGCGCCGCGGGACCCACGAGCCGGGGCUCAGUGCAGGGAUCAAGGCAGAAAUUCAUUUUAGCCAUGAACCCCUUUCCUUGGAAGAGGAAGAUGGAAAGAACCACGAAAGUAAGAUAAAAUCUCUGAACAAACUCUCGCCUCCGAAGAAAACGAUCACUCAGAUGAUGAAGGAUAAGAAGAAGCAGGCGCAGCUCACCUUGCAAUGGUUGGAAGAGAAUUAUAUUGUAUGCGAAGGGGUUUGUUUGCCAAGGUGCAUCCUCUAUGCACAUUACCUGGACUUCUGCAGGAAGGAGAAACUUGAACCUGCCUGUGCUGCCACAUUUGGGAAGACUAUUCGUCAGAAAUUUCCUCUUCUCACCACAAGGAGGCUGGGCACCAGAGGCCACUCAAAAUAUCACUAUUAUGGAAUUGGCAUUAAAGAAAGCAGUGCAUACUAUCACUCAGUGUAUUCUGGAAAAGGAUUGACAAGGUUUUCUGGAAGCAAGCUGAAGAAUGAGGGCGGAUUCACUCGGAAAUACUCACUGAGCUCCAAAACUGGGACUCUCCUUCCAGAAUUCCCCAGCGCCCAACACCUUGUACUGGAUGGGUGCAUCUCCAAAGACAAGGUAGAUACCCUUAUCAUGAUGUACAAAACCCAUUGUCAGUGUGUUCUCGACAACGCCAUUAAUGGAAACUUUGAAGAGAUCCAACAUUUCCUAUUACAUUUUUGGCAAGGAAUGCCCGACCACCUCCUCCCCCUGCUUGAAAACCCUGUGAUCAUUGACAUCUUCUGUGUUUGCGACUCAAUACUAUACAAGGUCCUUACAGAUGUACUCAUCCCUGCAACUAUGCAAGAAAUGCCAGAAAGUUUGUUGGCUGAUAUAAGAAAUUUUGCUAAAAACUGGGAACACUGGAUUGUUUCAUCACUAGAAAAUCUACCUGAAGACCUUGCAAGAAAGAAAUUACCCAUAGCACGAAGAUUUGUAUCUUCACUGAAGCGUCAAACCUCCUUUCUGCACUUAGCUCAGAUUGCUCGACCAGCUCUUUUUGAUCAACAUAUAGUGAACGCUAUGGUUGCUGAUAUUGAGAAAGUAGAUCUGUACAGCAUUGGAUCCCAGGCAUUGCUCACAGUCUCAGGAAGCAUGGUUUCUGAGGGAGAGGGCUACAUCGAAUAUGACUCUAUUACAGUGUUUCAAGAACUGAAGGACCUUUUAAAGAAGAAUGGCACUGUGGAGUCCUUUAUUGAAUGGCUGGAUACUGUGGUUGAGCAAAGGGUUAUCAAGGCAAGUAAGCAGAAUGGUCGAUCCCUAAAGAAGAGGGCACAAGACUUUCUUCUCAAAUGGAGCUUUUUUGGAGCUCGAGUAAUGCACACUCUCACUUUGAACAACGCAUCAAGUUUUGGUUCAUUUCAUUUGGUCCGCAUGCUUUUAGACGAAUACAUCUUGCUUGCCAUGGAGACCCAGUUUAACAACGACAAAGAACAAGAACUCCAGAAUCUGUUGGACAAGUAUAUGAAGAAUCUGGAUGCCAGUAAAGCUGCUUUUACUGCAUCCCCGAGUUCUUGCUUCCUAGCAAACCGCAACAAGGCUGGCACACUUUCCAGUGAUGCUUCAGUGAAAAAUGAAUGCCUAGUGGAGCAAGCCUAUUUCCCUCUGUCAACCAAUCAGCACAGUGGCGUGCCCUCUGGUCUGAAUCCUUUCUCCAUGGGGAACACUGAAAAUAUGCAGCUAACAGGUCAAACGGAGCUCUCUCAAAGCACAGGUCAUCUCAUGACUCCACCCAUAUCUCCAGCCAUGGUUGGCCGAGGAAGCGUCAUCAACCAGGGACCGAUGGCAGGCAGGCCUCCUAGUGUAGGUCCACCGCUGUCUUCUCAUUCCCACUGUGCUUCUUAUCCGGAGCCCCUGUACCAGACUGUGCCACAAACCAACCCAAACUUUUAUGCUGGUUACCCGGUCAUGUUCAGGACCCAGACUCACUCAUCUUCCUAUCAGCACAGGGCAGAGGCCAGCCAUUUUGCAGCCAGCAAUGAGCAGCAGCACUUCUCCAGAGACUACUUCGGCAGCAGCUGCGCUGUAUCUCCAUACAGCACGAGGUCACCCCCUAACUAUGGGUCCUCUUCGACCAUACAGGAGGCACACGGCAUGCAAUUUCUGAACAGUGGGAGCUACAACUUCAUGAACAGUCCAGCAGCUAGCUCUGGUCAAGGAUCGUCAUAUUCCUCAAAUGCUUCCAAUGGGUUCUAUGGGAAUAAUAUAAAUUACCCGGAAUCCCAUCGACUCGGGUCAAUGGUGGAUCAGCAUGUUUCAGUCAUCAGCAGCAUCAGCAGCAUUCGACCAUUGCCGCCAUACAGUGACAUUCACGAUCCACUUAGCAUCUUAGAGGAUGCUGGAAGGAAACAGGGAGCAUCAUAUUAUGCAGAUGCCUCGAUAGCCUGUCAGAACCCGCUAACUUCAGAUCUGCAGCCUGCUAUACCUACAUCCUCCUCCCAAUGUAUGUAUGGACAUUCUAGACAAUGCCCUUCGCAGGAAGCAAUGGACUCUUCUGGGCAAGGUAAUAGUGAGAUGGUUUCCACCUUGCCACCCAUCAAUACUGUUUUCAUGGGAACUGCUGCUGGAGGCACCUGACGUCCAGAAGUGGCUGCACCCAAUCUUCAGUGCCAGGACUUGAUGGCGAAUACGAAUGAAAUAGUAUUACACAUAAUUUUUUAAGACUACCAAGAAGAUUUUACGAUGCACUGAAAAAGCAACCACAGCUGGUUGCAGAGUCCAUCCUGUGUCAAGUGUCUCUGGACUUACACACAGGAAAAGAGAUUGCCCAUUGCAUUUUCUCUCCUUGUCACAAUUAUAACCAAUAUUCUUGCUUUUUUCCAUGUAAUCAGGAUGCUGUUCUUUCUUGGUGAUCACUUUGCUGCCCCUUGAUGCAUGGCGUACCAUAUGCACCACCUCGUGGUUACAACAGUGUGCAGGUUCACACCUGACAAUGGGUUGGCUAUUCUGGAUUUAACAGCUUUGCUGUACCAUCAUGAUGUUCUGGAUCAUCUCACAACAACACCCCUAUAUCACAGAGUUCUGCCGUUGCUCUGAGGCAGCAGUUGCUGCUCUCCAACUAUAAACAGCUCAUAAUCAGAGCGAACUCUCUUGUUCUGCUUAAAUGUCCUAGUUACCACCCUUUCUCUAAUUAAUUUUGUACAGGCACUGGAUAUGUGCCAAUAUGCACAUUGUUCACUACUGUAUUUACACCAAGUGCUUUCUAAUCUAUAUUUGCUGCAUGCAUAGUGAAGUGUAGCUUUAUUUCACAACUGGAGACCUGCUAGCUUUUGUGCACCGGCCCUAGAUAUCUUUAGUAUGUACAUACUGCUCACAGCUGGCAUCCAGCAACUGAACUGGAAGGAGGUCAGGCGAGCAGCACAACUCCACCACUCUGCCCACUACUGGCUCCAGUAGGCCUGGAUACGACCCCUGCCUUGAAGAACAAUUGCCAGUCAGCACAGAGCAGAUGAUUUUGAGCUACCAUAGAUGGAUCAAUGGUCUGAUGCAGCAGAAGGCAACUUCCUAUGUACCCACACCACAAAGUCCAUGAAGCAGUAUGACUGUGACAAUGCUGUACUUACAUGAAACAUCUGGUGUCUGAGUAAUGUGACAGCAGCCAUGAACUGUAGUGCUUGGCUAUGUAACAUCCCAUGUGUGCAUGAACCAUGUGAGCCAGCCUUUCAAUAUAUAAAAUCAGAAUGCUAGUCCGUGAUCCAUGUGAGCUGAUGAAAUUUUCACAGUAUUCCUCCAUAAAGCACUGAAAUUUUUGCUUGUUUUUUUGUUGCUAAAGUCCCAGAAUUUUUGUCUUUCUGCUCUGCUUUGUUGUGCUAUGAUCUUCGGAGCAAGAAAAACUAGUGAUAAGUUCCAACGAAUUGUGGGGGGGGGGGAAACAUUCCUCUGCCUCAUUAUUCCUCUAAUUUAUAUUUAAAAAGCAGUUGUCCUGUAUCUUCAUACAUACAUUUUGUUUAUUUUGUAAAAGCAAAGAAACAUUAUUUAACACAUGUUAUUUACCUUUAUUUAUUGGAGUUGCAGAGUUCUUUGCAAGUUGCAAUUCUGUUUGGCAGAUUGUCAAAUGUAUGUGUUCUACCUCCUAUGGAAAUGUUUACAGGGUCAUUUUUUAUGAUGGGGUGGAGAACCUGUAGUCAUCCAGAUGUUGUGGAACUCCACUUUCCAUCAGCCCCAGACAACACAGAGCAGUGGCUGGGUAUUAUGGGAGUUGUAGUCCAAUAACAUCUGCAGAGCCACAAGUUCAUCGUUUCAUUUUAUUGCUUCAAACCUAUCUGGACCAAACUUGCAUUUACUAAUCUUGUGGAUUAAAGGGUUUAUUUCAAAUGCUAUCCCGUGGCAGUCUCAUUUUGUUAUUUUGUUGUUCUCUGGUUGGUUCAGACCUACACUCUUCCCCCACCUGAUGCUCACUGGGUGUUUUGGAUCAUAAGUUGUACUUCUAGAGGGCACCAGAAUAGGGAAGGCUGUUUGAGCGUAUAUUUCACAUGGACAAAAAAUAUCUUUAGCCAUCAUUUUUCAUGGUCAGCAUUUCUUGUGAAUUCCUUAUGGUACAAUUGGAUUCACCAUGAGUUAAAUUGUCUCUCAGUUCCAGUGACUGAUAAAUCUCAGAGCUCCUUCUUAACUGAAAACAUUCCUCAAUUAUGAAUCUUUCAGCUGGACUACCACAUGCAGCACGAAAGGAAGGGUAUCUAGGGUUUUUCCAAACCAGGCAUUCUACAUGUCUUCCUUUGGGCUCCUUUAAAAAACUGAGAUCAUGACCUUAGUCACCUUAGACACCCUAUCAUCCUUAGCUAGUAGGAAUGAUGGGACCCAAGUUUUUUGGGGGACCCAAGUUUGAGAAAAACUUUUAGAAUCUUAAAUCCUGGCUGCAUUUUUGGGAACACAUUGAACCAUGACUACGGUAAGUCACCUUGCCAAUAUUCCUCGUAGCCUUACAUGGUAUGACCAUAGUUUAUGGUUGUGUUGUGUACAUACCUCUCUACUGAGUACAAUUCAAAGUGUUGGUGCUGACCUUUAAAGCCCUAAAUGGCCUUGGUCCAGUAUACCUGAAGGAGCGUAUCCACCCCCAUCAUUCAGCCAUCAUACACUGAGGUUCAGCUCCGAGGGCCUUCCGGCAGUUCCCUUACUGCGAGAAGUGAGGUUCCAAGGAACCAGGUAGAGGGCCUUCUCAGUAGUGGUGCCCACCCCGUGGAACAC